CUCUUUCCCACAGAGAGAGCCACUCCAUCAGAGAGUGGUUGUGUGUCUGCAUCCCGGGGGUCAGGGCUGACGAUGGGAAGAAUCUCAGGGACCCGGAAGACUAUGCCCUACUUGAAAGCCCAGCCUGAAGACCUGAAGGCCCGGUCCUAACGGAGUAAGGAAACCGGUUGUUUCUACUUCGGCCUCACGCUACACGUGCAGCUCCCCAACAUGAGGCGCAGUCUCCACCUGACCUUCCUGUGGCUGAGUCUCUUCUCCGCAUGGAUGUGCGUCCAGGGGAAUCAGUUUAACAUCGAGGUCAGCAGAAGCAACAAGCUGUCCCUGCCUGGCUUUGAGAAUCUCACAGCAGGAUAUAACAAGUUUCUCAGGCCCAAUUUUGGCGGAGAACCUGUUCAGAUAGCAGUGACCCUGGACAUUGCAAGUAUCUCCAGUAUUUCGGAGAGUAAUAUGGACUACACAGCCACCAUAUACCUCAGACAGCGCUGGACGGACCAGCGGCUGGUGUUCGAAGGCAACAAGAGCUUCACUCUGGAUGCGCGCCUAGUGGAGUUCCUCUGGGUGCCAGACACCUACAUCGUGGAGUCCAAGAAGUCCUUCCUCCACGAAGUCACUGUGGGGAACAGACUCAUCCGCCUCUUCUCCAAUGGCACAGUCCUGUAUGCCCUCAGAAUCACAACAACUGUUGCGUGUAACAUGGACCUGUCUAAAUACCCCAUGGACACACAGACAUGCAAGUUGCAACUAGAGAGCUGGGGCUACGAUGGGAAUGACGUAGAGUUCAGCUGGCUGAGAGGGAACGACUCUGUGCGGGGAUUGGAGAACCUGCGACUUGCUCAGUACACCAUACAACAAUAUUUCACCUCAGUUACCAGAUCACAGCAGGAAACAGGAAAUUACACACGACUGGUCUUGCAAUUUGAGCUUCAGAGGAAUGUCCUGUAUUUCAUUUUGGAAACCUAUGUUCCUUCCACUUUCCUGGUGGUGUUAUCCUGGGUCUCGUUUUGGAUCUCCCUUGAUUCAGUUCCUGCAAGAACCUGCAUUGGAGUGACCACCGUAUUGUCAAUGACCACACUGAUGAUUGGGUCCCGUACUUCUCUCCCGAACACCAACUGCUUCAUAAAGGCCAUCGAUGUGUACCUGGGAAUAUGCUUUAGCUUCGUGUUUGGGGCCCUCCUGGAAUAUGCAGUUGCCCACUACAGCUCCUUACAGCAGAUGGCAGCCAAAGAUCGGGGGAAAGCAAAGGAAGUGGAAGAAGUCAACAUUACUAACAUCAUCAACAGCUCCAUCUCCAGCUUUAAACGGAAGAUCAGUUUUGCCAGCAUUGAAAUUUCCGGAGAUAACGUUGACUACAGCGACUUGACAAUGAAAACCAGUGACAAGUUCAAGUUUGUCUUCCGAGAUAAGUUGGGCAGGAUUGUUGAUUAUUUCACAAUUCAAAACCCGAGUAAUGUUGAUCGAUAUUCCAAACUACUAUUUCCUUUGAUUUUUAUGCUAGCCAAUGUAUUUUACUGGGCAUACUAUAUGUAUUUUUGAGAAGAUGUUGAACUGUUUGCUAAGCCAAAGAUCAUCAAUAAAGCAACGUAAUAAGGUAAACGAUAUUCUAAGCCAAGUGUGCACCCUAACUAAUGGUGCCGCAAGUGACUAAAAUAACAUUUGAGCCUUUCCCCUCAAAGAAUGGCUCACCCAACCAUUAUUUAAGCUGUGUACAAGUCCUAGCACUAUGUCUUUUAAUAGAAAUAUCUACCAAUUUAUUUUUUAUUUUUAUGAAAGACAUGCCUAUGGAGCCCAAGAUUUCAAGCCUACCCAGAACUGACUGCCCAGUGGCUCCCUGGUCUUCAUUUAACUCAUACAAAAAAGGAAAAGGAAGCUAUUACGUGUAUUGAGUCAAGUGGCAGAGGUUGUUUCUAAAUUAAUCACACGUGCUAUUUACUAAAUCUCUACAGUGCUUAAAAAAUACAUUGUUGCUUAGUUGGGGAGUAACAUUUUCUAGUUUUUGGUUUUGAUUAAAAUGAAAUGGGCUUAAGUAAAUUAACUGAAAGUCAGUGCAGUAAAUACCAAGAUGAGUUUUUAAUAUAGUAUCUAUUGCCACAGCAGAACUGUCCACAUAUUCCAAUAAGUCCUACCAUUGAAAAUCAACUAUAAGUGAAGAAAAAUUUAGUGGACCAAUAAUCUCAAACAUAAAUCUCUUUUUUUAUAAGAUAUAAUGGAUUCCCCAAACUGGGAGAGCUCUGGGGCUUCAUUCCCCCAUUUAACAUGUCUUAUCAUUUUACUAUUAUAUGCAAGCCUGUCCUAAACAAUGCUGAAGCCGUUUCCCCACAUCAUGGGAAAAAUGGAGGAACUUUUUAAAAACUUAUUCUAAGAGUCUUUAUACAGACUAUUGUCAUGAAGCCUUGCAGAAUCAAGUCCAGUUCUAUCUGCUGCUUCGACACUGAGCAACAAUUUGCCAGCAGCAGAUCCCCUGCAUCCUUCCAUGAGGAGCUUUUAUCCCUAUGCUCUAAUGACAAGGAAGGAUGCUUAUAAUAGAUAAUGAGCUGCAUCACCCAGAAACAAGUGGCUUAUCACAAGUGGCACCUGAUCUUUCUAGCUGGACUACUUUGAGUGGCUUAUCCUGCCUCAGUAGGAGAAUUUUGAUCCUGGGUCCAGAGCUUUCUGAGUCAGUAGCUUGUUACAGAACAAGGUGCUGCAGGUGAGCUAUCUUUUCCAAGCCCAGCCACUCUCACCCGAACAAAAGAAGCACCUUAUAUGCAUCCCUGCCUCCUGGCCUCGCUCAGCCGACAGUACCAUAAAUGGUAAUUUGUGGGUGUGCCAUGAUAAAGGCCCAAUCUUUUAAAAGAAUCUUGCCAUCUUUAAUUCUUUAGCUUCCUUUUCUAAUAAAUGUAUCCUUUUACUUUUCCUUUCAGAAAUAAACUAUGGCUUUGGAAGAUCAUCUCUCUCCUAUCCCUGUACCACAGGCUCUCAUUCUUUCCCCCUUUACGAUACUGCUAACAAUUCAGUUUCUGUGGGUUUGAUCAACUGAGCUUUUUAAACAAAAUGUUUCUGAUGGGAAUGGAAGAAUUAAAGAGGUGGAUGCAACUGUAUGGUUCAAUAAUAUUUGUGAUUCUUUUUAAUAAAGAUUGAAAGGAAA